CCUGUCGUCCUGACAACCUGGUUGCUUUGACAACGCGUAACCGAAAACUGGGGAAAACAAAGGGAAACUAGUGGGAAAUCAAGUUUGGCAAAGAACGGAAGCAAAACAAAGAAGGCGAAGAAGAAGUAAACAAACUUUCGAUUUUUUUCCAUCGUGGGUGUUUCAGUUACAGAGAAAUGGGAUUCAAGGGCAAAUAUCCGCAGAUGGUCCGGGAAACGGGCUUCAAACUGCGACAGUAUCGCGAUGGUCCGCUGGAUUGGAGGCUAAUGGGAUCCUAUGAAACGGAGAGGAUACUCAGGGAGCAGAACUUCGAGCUGGUGGACAAGGCGUUGGCCCAUCUUUCGGAGGCUCCGCUGGGCACUGUGCUGGAAACUCACAUUCUGGACAGCGGCAUUGCCAAGUACUUUGUGAUGUCACAGUAUGCCAUACAGUACUUGAUGUGCUGUCGCACCUACCUGGACGAAUGCGUCACGGAUCUGAGGGAGGCGCACACAACGGCCCAGGAGGAGAUAGCCACGCUGCGCAAGUCCCUGAGCGAGUCCAACAACGAGGUGGUGCAGCUGCACAAAAGAAUCACCCAGAUCGAGGCCAUUCGCGAGGUGGUCUACCCCUGUCAUCUGUGCACCAAGAAUUUCAUCAGCAACGAGGCCCUGAAUGUACACAUUGGUCGCAAGCAUCGUGUGGCUUCACCUCCAAGUCUGACAUCCGCCACGGGGAAGGAGAAGGAUAGGGAUAAGGCCACCGAUGUCCACCUGAUAAACACCAUCAAAAUGGAGCUGGAGAUCAAGCAGCUUAAGGAGCGCCUGAAUGCCGCCGAGCGGAAUAUUAAGGAGCGGAGCACGGGAUCGAAGCGGGUAAGUCCGCGCCAGGAGCAGCGCACCGUGGGCAUUCAAAGCAAUCUGGCAGAGCCGAAGGAGAAGGACGAGGACAGCGGAGAGGCCAGGCAAAGCGAGGCCAGCGAAAGGAAGGAGCAACUCACAGGAUUGGCGGAGCGACUGAGCAACUUCGAGGAGUGGCAAUCGCAGCUCAAGCACAGCAACGAGCAGUUCAUACAGGACAUUAACAAGCGGCUGGAGGGUCUGAGCCAAGCGCUCGAGCAGAAUAAACAGGCUUCCGGCAGCACGCCUCCGCUGGAAGAACGGGUGGCCACACCGUGUCUGGAGGAUCUGGAGCGCAUACUCACCGAGAAGGUGGCAGAGAUUGGAAAGAUCAGCGCACACCGGCUGGAAGAGGUGGUCUUUCACCUGGAAGUGGGCUACAAGGAGAAACUGGAGGCCCUGGAGCGGGAGCUUAAGCAGCUGAGUGUUCAAAAGGUGCCACCACAGCCAGUGCAGACUGUGCCCGCUGCCUCGAAAAUACCCAAACCAGUGGUUCUCAAGGAGGAAACCAACAUUGAUCGCAUACGCAAGCAGGUGGAGAGCGAGUUCCUCAAGCAGAAACAUGACGAUGACACCUAUUCCAUUGAGGAGGCGCCACGAAAGAGUCCGGUGAAACCAUUUCCGCCGCUGGUGACCCAAGUUCAAGUGGUGGAGAAGGAGCUGCCAAGUGCUGGUAGUUCCGGCAGCAAUCCAACUUAUACGAAGUCACCAAGGGAACCAGUUUCUAGUAAGCCGGAAGCGCGGGAAGCGACGGACAUCAGCGAGAGUCUCAGCCAAGAGGAGACGGAGAAUGAAGAGGAGCGUAGCCUGACAGAGGAGGGCACUGAGGUUUCCGCCUCCGAGUCAGAAGCACCACGGGAGGAUUCCAAGCCAAAAACGAUCAAACCUUCAGGAAGGAUUAUCAAUCCCCAAAAACCACUUACACGCAAGGAUGCCCGGAAGAUGGUCAACCGGAAGUUGAUGCCUCACGGCUUUGACAUGAAGUCCAAGGGGAUUUCCCAUACCUCUUUGAAAAGGGUAAACUCUGAGCUGACGGAGCACCGCAACAAACUGAAACUGCAAUAUCCACAUUUUUAUGCAACUCGAAAUCGCAUACGCAAGUUUGUUGAAAAACUCUGCUCCGCCAAGUUUUCGGAACGUGCGGAAAUGCUGCUGAAGCACAAGAGUCCACUGAAACCCAUGGAGGUACCUGGCAAAAGGAUCGCAAGAUCCGCGACAUCUGAAAAGUCUGAGGAGGAUGUAGCCAGCUCCCAGGACGAAGAGCAGACGGAUGAGCAAACGGAUAGCAGCGAGCAGCAGUCGCGAAGCUCCAGUCCUCGCAAACUAGUUAGUCGCGAUUUCAAGGCUCGUCUGGAGGAGAUCCUGGUCAAGCCGGCGGCCACUGUGCGAGGAGCUUCCAAGUCGUCCUUGAGUUCGCGUCCAGUGCCGCUGCCCAGGAAGCGGGUGAUGUUCAACACCACGGAGGACGGAAAGAGCUUCAAUGACAGCGAUGAUAACCUAAAAUGAGUCAAUAAAUCUUUGCUCUAAAA